AAAAAAAAAGAAGAGAAAGAGGAAACAGAGAAACAAUGGAGAUUUCUCCUUACUGUCUGCUUUCUCUUCUCCCCAUUUUCCUCCUCUCUGGUGUCUCCCUUUCAUAUGAUGACUUUGAUCCGCACGCAGCAACAAGCCGAGCUCUUCUUCAAGCAAAGACAACAUGCAAAGAGGAUUUUGCGAGUAAAAACUACACAAUCAUAACAAGCAAAUGCAAAGGGCCAAAUUAUCCGGCAAAGGUGUGUUGCUCCGCCUUCAAGGACUUUGCUUGCCCUUUCGCAGAAGUUCUCAACGACGACAAGAACGACUGUGCCUCCACAAUGUUCAGCUACAUCAACAUCUACGGACGUUAUCCUCCUGGAAUCUUUGCCAACAUGUGCAAAGAGGGCAAAGAAGGUCUCGACUGCACUGACGUCACCAAGUCCGCAUCCUCAACUUCUGAUUCUAUCCACCGAGCCUCCACAACUCUCGCGCUUCUUUCCAUGUUCCUGGGUCUCUGUCUUUUGUUCCUGUCGUCGUGAAAUCUUGCUACCAGACACACCUCAUAACGUGCUCCAUGGGUUAAAGAAACAGGUUAUAUAUGUCUCUUUUGGUGUU